GACUGACUUGGAUGGGGAAAUGGCCAAAAAAAAAAAAAAGUGCUGCUAAGUAUCUCAGAUAUAGGUAAUGGGUCCUCGACAUAAAAAUAGAGCCUUAAGAGCCAUACCAGUUGCGUGACAUGUGUGGGUUCCCCCACCCACCUUUUUUUAAAAAUUCCUCUGGCAGCAAGCUUCUCACUGGGAUCUGACGUUGUUAUCUUUUUUUUUUUAAGCAUAUUUAAACCCACACACUUUAUGUAGUGAUGAUUACAGUGUAGGGUUUAUCGGCAGAAUGCCAUUUGGUCUGUUCUGUAUUGGAGCAUUUGAUUGAAAAGCCUUCUUAGCCUUUUUAAAGGUAACUUACAAAAUGAUUAGAAGAAUUGAUAAUUUCUGAGACUCAUCAGUUCAUCUCCUAUAAAAUCCAUAUUUUGCUGUUUAUUCAUGAAUAAGUAAUAGACCCAGACUUCUUGAGAACCACCUUAAUCAGACCUGGGAGUUUAAAGAGAGCAGGCGUUGAAUCUUAAUUUUUCCCCUGAACACGAAAAAUGGGUUGUGAUCGAAAUUGUGGGCUCAUUGCCGGCGCUGUCAUUGGAGCAGUCUUGGCUGUGUUUGGAGGUAUUCUAAUGCCAGUUGGGGACAUGAUAAUUGAGAAGACAAUUAAAAAGGAAGUUGUCCUUGAAGAAGGUACCAUUGCUUUUCAAAACUGGGUUAAAACAGGCUCAGACGUUUACAGACAGUUUUGGAUCUUUGAUGUGCAAAAUCCACAGGAAGUGAUGGUAAACAGCAGCAACAUUAGGGUUAAGCAACGAGGUCCUUACACAUACAGAGUCCGUUAUUUAGCCAAGGAAAAUAUAACCCAUGACUCUGAGAACCACACAGUCUCUUUCCUACAGCCAAAUGGUGCCAUCUUUGAACCUUCACUGUCAGUUGGAACAGAGAAUGACAGUUUCACCGUUCUCAAUCUGGCUGUAGCAGCUGCAGCACAUCUCUAUCCAAAUGCAUUUGUUCAAGUGUUACUCAAUUCACUUAUAAAAAAGUCAAAAUCUUCUCUGUUUCAAAAUAGAACUUUGAAAGAACUAUUGUGGGGCUAUAAGGAUCCGUUCUUGAGUUUGGUUCCAUACCCCGUUGCUACAACAGUUGGUCUCUUUUUUCCUUACAAUGAUACUGCUGAUGGAUAUUAUAAAGUUUUCAGUGGAAAAGAUGACAUAAGCAAAGUUGCAAUAAUUGACACUUAUAAAGGUAAAAAGACUCUCUCCUUCUGGCCAAGCUAUUGUGACAUGAUUAAUGGCACAGAUGCAGCCUCAUUUCCACCUUUUGUUGAAAAGACCCGGGUAUUGCAAUUCUUUUCCUCUGACAUUUGCAGGUCAAUCUAUGCUGUGUUUGGAGGCGAAAUUAAUCUGAAAGGAAUCACUGUGUUCAGAUUUGUUCUUCCACCCCUGGCCUUUGCAUCUCCACUUCAAAAUCCAGACAACCAUUGUUUCUGUACAGAAAAAGUUAUCUCAAAUAAUUGUACAUUAUACGGUAUGCUAGACAUCAGCAAAUGCAAAGAAGGAAAACCUGUGUACAUUUCACUUCCUCAUUUUCUCCAUGCAAGUCCUGAAAUUGCAGAAACUGUUGAAGGUUUAAAUGCAAAUGAAGAAGAACAUAAGACAUACUUAGAUGUUGAACCUAUAACUGGAUUCACAUUACAAUUUGCAAAACGACUGCAGAUCAACUUACUGGUCAAGCCAUCAAAAAAAAUUGAAGCAUUAAAGGGUCUAAAGCGGAACUAUAUUGUGCCUGUUAUUUGGCUUAAUGAGACUGCCACCAUUGGUGAUGAGAAGGCAGAAAUGUUCAGAAAGCAAGUGACUGGAAAAAUAAACCUCCUUGGCCUGGUAGAAAUUGUCUUACUCAGUGUUGGUGUAGUGAUGUUUGUUGCUUUUAUGAUUUCAUACUGUGCAUGCAGAUCAAAGACAGCAAAAUAAGCAGCAAGUAAGUCUACAUUUAUGCACCAGCUACAUCAGGACCUUUGUUAAUAUUGAUCUACAAAAUAAUGAUCUAAUAUGCUUUAUUUUUACAAAACACACCUUACUUUCUAGUUGAAGAAAAAGUGGCACUGUUUUUUUGUGUGUAUGCUAAGCAGCAGCACAUUUCUAAAGGAUUGUAAGAUAUCAUUAAAAUCCAUACUUUCAACAAAAAACAAGCACCUUUUAAAGUUCAUCAUAUACACAAUCGAACUGAUUUCAGUUUCUGCAGAUUUGGCUCAAGCAUGAACCAAUUAUUUUCAUCUGGUACUGAACCACUAAUUGAAGCCUUGGUGGCAAAUUCAGCAGAGGAACGGAUGCGUUAAAAUUUUGGACCCAGAACUCUUGUCUUCCUUAUCAAGGGGAAAAGAUCAUCCCUCUUAGCAGUGUCCCCAUUCAGCUGCAACAGACAGACCCCAGGACUGCCAGUACAUUGCAUUUGUGAGCACCAGCUAUCUUCAAAGACAUUUAAGAAUGGAAAAUAAAUUAUUGAAGAGCCAUUUAUAAGUUUGGCUAUGGAAUCCUUUGUACAGCAACAGCAGGCAAUAUAACCAUUUUCUUUAUAACAGUACAGGCUUAUAUUUUUCGUCACUGAUUAUGCAAUGGACAUAAUUUUUAGCACUUUUUGGCUCUUCAUGUUUAAGAACUUUGUCAUUUUCUACAUCUGAAGCUCUUCUGGAAGUCUGAGUAGAUUUCAAUCUUUCUGCUCAGUUACACAUACUUAUCCUUGGCAACUUCAGAACACUGUGCUAGUAUUAAGAGAUGUAAAUGACAAUAAAGGAAUUAUCUUAUGGAAGAUUACAAAGAAUGGAAUAUGCAUUAAUAUUUGUUGUAAUAUUUGCUUUGUUACCUCAGAAAGACUAGUUUCAACCAUUAAAAGACAUUCUUCCUUAAA